CCACAGCGAACCAAGUGUUUGAUCAAUCUAGCCACUUCCUGCAGCUUCCUGCUUCUGCAAGUAAUGGCAACCAUGGUGGCCUUGAGCUCCUUCACCGGCGCCGCCGUUGUCGGGCGCUCGGCAGCCCGGUCGUCCCUAGCGCCGCGCCGGCGCGCCCUCGUUGUCAGGGCCCAGACCAAGCCGGAAAUGGAUCCUUCCAAGGAGACGGCGAGCACAUCGACCUCCUCACCAACCCCAAUCUCAAGCCCGACCCCUACCCCGACGCCGGCAGCACCCAAGCCCAAGGCUAACCCCUCGGUGUGGGACGCGCUCGCCUUCAGCGGCCCGGCGCCCGAACGCAUCAACGGCCGGCUUGCCAUGGUGGGCUUCGUGGCGGCGCUCUCCGUGGAGGCGGCGCGCGGUGGCGGGCUCCUCGACCAGGCUGGCAGUGGCGCCGGGUUAAGCUGGUUCCUGACAACCGCGGCGCUGUUCUCGGUGGCGUCGAUGAUCCCGCUGCUGCAGGGCCAGACUGUCGAGAGCAAGUCCAGCGGCAUCUGGAGCGCCGACGCCGAGCUCUGGAACGGCCGCUUCGCCAUGCUUGGACUCGUCGCGCUCGCCGCCACCGAGUUUAUCACGGGCGCGCCAUUCGUCAAUGUCUAAGACUAGUGCAGCAUUUUGGAUAUUCAGCUGACAGAUCAAAAUCAUGCUAACUGUAGCCACUAGCCACGGUGCUAAUUGUACCAUCGGUUUUCCUAAUUUGUAAACCUCGUGUUUAGACUAUGAUUGUUUUGAUGGCCUU